GAAAGAACAGUUAUUUUGAACAUAUUUUUUUUGUGCAAAAAGAAAGAAAAUAAAGUAAAACUUUGAAAAAUUCAAAAUGCCGAGUGAAAUAAUUACGCUUCAACUGGGCCAAUGCGGCAAUCAGAUUGGUUUUGAGUUCUGGAAGAGAUUGUGCCUGGAGCACGGCAUAUCCCCGGACGGAGUGCUCGAGGACUUUGCAUCCGACGGGCAGGACCGGAAGGACGUGUUCUUCUACCAGGCCGACGACAACCAUUACAUCCCGCGCGCUGUUCUGAUCGACCUGGAGCCGCGUGUCAUUCAGAGCAUUAUGACUUCCCCAUAUGCCAAGCUCUACAAUCCGGAAAAUGUGUUUCUGUCGAAGCAUGGCGGCGGCGCAGGAAACAACUGGGCCUCCGGCUUUAGCCAAGGCGAGCGCGUCCAAGAGGAGGUCUUCGAUAUACUCGACCGGGAGGCGGAUGGCAGCGAUUCGCUUGAGGGUUUCGUGCUGUGUCACUCCAUUGCCGGAGGCACGGGGUCUGGCAUGGGUUCAUACGUGCUCGAGCGACUCUCCGAUCGAUUCCCCAAGAAACUUAUACAGACCUACAGUGUGUUCCCCAACCAGGAUGAGAUCAGCGAUGUGGUCGUGCAGCCCUACAACUCGAUACUCACUCUGAAGCGGCUAACCAAGUGCGCCGAUAGCGUCGUGGUGCUGGACAACACCGCUUUGAACCGCAUAGCCACUGAGCGUCUGCACAUCCAGACGCCGACAUUCACGCAGAUCAACAAUCUGGUCUCCACCAUCAUGAGUGUGAGCACGACCACCUUGCGGUAUCCCUCGUAUAUGAACAACAAUUUGAUUGGUCUGAUUGCCCCGCUGAUACCCACGCCCCAGCUGCAUUUCCUUAUGACCGGCUACACACCGCUCAUAUCGGACUAUAAGACCAAGGCGAAUGUAAGGAGGACAACCGUGCUGGACGUGAUGCGACGCCUACUGCAGCCCAAGAAUAUGAUGGUCUCCUCAACGGCUGACAAGCAGAAUCGACAUUGCUUCAUCUCCAUAUUGAACAUCAUACAGGGCGAAGUGGAUCCCACUCAGGUGCACAAGUCCCUUCAGCGUAUAAGGGAGCGUAAGCUGGCCCAGUUCAUACCCUGGGGCCCGGCUAGCAUCCAGGUUGCGUUAUCGCGCAGCUCUCCCUAUGUGCAGACCGCCCACAAGGUGUCCGGACUGAUGAUGGCCAAUCAUACGGGCAUUAGCGCGCUCUUUAAUCGUGCCCUGGCGCAGUAUGACAAGCUAAAGAAGCGCAACGCCUUUCUGGAUAAUUUCCGUCGCGAAGAUAUGUUCAAGGAGGAUCUCACCGAGCUGGACUUGGCCCGAGACACUGUCGACUGUCUAGUGCAGGAGUACGAGGCUGCAACGCAGAUCGACUAUCGCCAGUGGAGUCCCCGUGUGGAGCCAAAGGGAAGAGCUUGAGCUAUGAAAUGAUUUUGUAUUUAUAAAGAAGUUUCAAUUGGCGUUGAGUUACAUUAUAUACUUGAAUAUGUUGUGUUGAUCUGA